AUGGGGAGGGAGCCGCGCAUCAACACGGCGCCCCGCGGCAACCGCGCACCGCUCCUUGAUCACGGGGAAACGGCGAGGGUUCCCUCCGACCUCGAGGAGGGCAGCAAUGUCCAGGCGGCGAAUGUGGGGUUCUGCCGGGUCAUCAAACUGGCAAAGCCGGACGCGUGGAAGCUCAUCUUUGCCACCACCGCGCUCAUCAUCGCCUCCCUCAGUAACCUCCUCGUUCCCAAAUAUGGCGGCAAGAUAAUCGAUAUUGUGUCAAGAGAUGUUCGGCUGCCAGAAGAUAGGGCUCAAGCCUUGGCGGAUGUGAAUGGCACCAUAUUGUACAUUGUGCUAAUAGUUGUAACCGGGUCAGCUUGCACAGCUCUUCGGGCAUGGGUGUUCAAUUCUGCUAGCGAGAGAGUUGUGGCUCGACUAAGACAUGACUUGUUCAGUCAUCUGAUAAACCAGUUAGCACACGUGUCUUGUGUGCCUCCACAGGAGAUAGCAUUUUUUGAUGUGACCAGAACAGGGGAGCUCUUAAGCAGGCUUUCUGAAGACACCCAAAUCAUAAAGAAUGCCGCUACGACAAACCUUUCGGAAGCGCUGCGUAAUCUGACUACCACGGCUAUUGGUCUUGCCUUCAUGUUCUCAACUUCAUGGAAGCUAACAUUGUUGUCACUUGCAAUUGUUCCGGUGAUAUCGGCUGUCGUGCGUAAAUUCGGGCGUUUUCUUCGUGAGCUUUCACAUCAGACACAAGCUGCAGCUGCUGUAGCUUCAUCCAUAGCCGAGGAAUCCUUUGGUGCCAUCCGCACAGUAAGAGCCUUUGCUCAGGAGCCUCAUGAGAUUUCACGAUAUAGCGGAAAAGUAAACGAGACACUGAAACUUGGACUCAAGCAAGCUAGAGUUGUUGGACUAUUUGCCGGAGGGCUCAAUGCUGCAUCGACCCUGUCGGUUGUUGUUGUUGUUAUUUAUGGAGCUAAAUUAACCAUCAAUGGUUACAUGACAACCGGUGCUCUUACGUCAUUCAUCUUAUACAGCCUUACAGUUGGCUCGUCGGUCUCUGCCUUGUCAGGAUUAUACACAACUGUAAUGAAAGCAUCAGGUUCAAGCCGUAGAGUUUUCCAGCUUCUUGACCGUAUUUCCUCGAUGAAGAACUCUGGGGACAAAUGUCCAAAAAAUGAAAAUGACGGGGAAGUUGAGUUAGAUGAUGUCUGGUUUGCAUAUCCUUCUCGUCCUUCUCAUCUGAUUCUCAAGGGAAUCACAUUGAAGCUAGCACCAGGUUCAAAGAUUGCACUUGUUGGACCAAGUGGUGGUGGAAAAACCACAAUAGCGAAUUUGAUCGAAAGGUUUUAUGAUCCUAUAAAGGGAAGGAUCUUGCUAAAUGGAGUGCCUCUGGUAGAAAUUUCACAUCAGUAUCUCCAUCAAAUGGUAAGCAUAGUUAGCCAGGAGCCUACACUCUUCAACUGCUCCAUUGAAGAGAACAUUGCUUAUGGAUUGGAGGGCAAAGCGAGCUCCACCGACGUCGAGAACGCAGCUAAAAUGGCGAACGCGCAUGACUUCAUAUGCGGCUUCCCGGACCAGUACAAGACGAUCGUCGGAGAGCGCGGCAUCAGGUUUUCCGGCGGGCAGAAGCAGCGGGUCGCCAUCGCGAGAGCUCUGCUGAUGAACCCGCGGGUGCUCCUCCUGGACGAAGCCACCAGCGCCCUGGACGCCGAGAGCGAGCACCUUGUUCAGGACGCAAUGGAAUCCUUGAUGAAAGGGAGGACGGUCCUCGUGAUAGCUCACCGGCUCUCCACCGUGAAGACCGCCGACACGGUCGCCGUCGUCUCCGAGGGCCAGAUCGUGGAGAGCGGCACGCACGACGAGCUCCUCGACCGCGACGGCAUCUACACAGCCCUGGUGAAGAGGCAGCUGCAGUUGCCCAAGUUCGAAGGGACCGCCGACGGGACAGCUGAAGUUGAACCUGUUAAUGGCCACUAG